CAAACAUGGCGGACUGAGCAGAUGGGCGGAAAUCAAAAACAACAACAACUCAACUAAAGAGUUUGCGUGAAACAGGAAACCGCAUUGAACGUAACGUGUCUUCUUCUAAUAUUAUUAUUAAUAUUAUUAUUAUUUAACGGCUCGACCGGACGAUGCGGAGCAGCGGGCGAGGCGUCGCGGCUCUCCCGGUGAACGAUGUCGCAGCCGAGGACUCGGGCCGCCGCCGCCGCUCCGGACUUCACUGAGCUGUGGAGCGCCAUCUCCUCGCGCAACGACCAGAUGCACGAGCGCACGAGCGGGCAGCGGCACGCGGCCGGGGCGUCGGCGGCGUCGACCAUGUGUACAGAUCUGAGGAGUCCUCAGCACGGGGGCUGCAGCCGCUACGCCGGCUGGAACAACGGGGACUCGCCGGGCGACGUGGAGCCGUCUCAAGACAUCUUCUGGGACCCCACGUCGCCGACGUCAGGCGCCGCAGGACCAAGGAAUACCAGAUUUGUGGAAAUAUCAGAUAUCGUGAACCGUAUCGCUCCAAAGGAAGUGAAGAGGAAGGCGUCCCCCCUGCUGCAGUGGAUCGGGGUCAGUGCCGUCCCGUGUACGCAGGGCGUCCCGAAGAUGAGACUCGGGAAGAGGUCGUCCCGGCAGAGCAGCGUGGACGACCUCCUCAAGCUCGCCCGGCAGUUUGACGAGAACAUGCAGCAGGACCGCGAGACCUCGGAGCGGCUGGACGCCGGCGGCGACGCCUUCAGGGACCGCGCGGACGCUCCCGAACCGCCGGGCGCACGGGUCCCCAAGUGCCCCCCCUCGUCCGAUCCGGUGGAGGCGGAGCUGCGUGCUCUGUUCGACGGCUCCACCCAGAGGGUCAGCGGGCGGCUCAGCCAGGGCUCGUCGGCGCGUUCGCAGGAAGCGAAACGCCAACCGGCGCCCACGUCGGCCGGCGGCUCCGCCCCCGCCGCAGGAAGAGGAUCCUCGAACGACUGGGACGACUUCGAGGACGACUGGGACGCCGACGACCUCCUCGACGACUCCUUCGAGCUCCCGACGGCCGACGGCCGCGACCGGCCGCUCGGCACCGCCCCCGUCGGCACGCCGCCCGCGCGCCCGCCCCCGAAGCCGAGCGCCCUCCGGGAGGCGUGUCCCGAGCCCAAGACGUCCAACCGCAGCACUUUCAGGUCGGAGCCCAACCCUCACCUCCGGAGCGCGGAGGUUCCCGGGGGAAGCGAGUCGGCGCCGGCCGACCUGAGACCCGACGCCGCGAAGACGGCGUCCGUGCCGAUUCCCGGCGACGCCGACGCGGACGGCUCGUGGGACGACGACGGCGUCGACGACGCGCUGCUCUGCCAGGUGUGCGACCGCGUGGAGCGGACCUCCGACAGCCAGCCGCCGCGGGUCAGCCCGGCCGCGCCCCGGUGGGUCAACGCCGCCGCCGCCGAUAGACAGUCGCCGCGGACAUUCGGCCGCUCCAACUCGCUGCCGGAGGGCGCCGGCGAGUCAGGGAACUACAAAGGCUGGGACGUCCCGCUGAAAGGAGGCGACCGGCGGCCGGCGAUGUGGCGCAGCCUCUCGGGGAGCCGGCGGGGCCUGGGCUCCUUCAACGACCCGAAGCCUCAGACGACCUUCAAGAGGAACGAGUCCGACCCGGCAGCCGGCAGCAGCAAAGUGUUCGUCUCCAGCCAGACGGUCAAAUGCUCCGCCGCCGAGAUCGGGAGGAAGAAGCAGGAGGCGCAGGCCAGGAGGAGACUGAGGAUGCAGAAACCGUAAAGGGAGCCCGACUAAUGCACCUUUUAAUGAAAACACCCUCCUCCUGCUGCUCCUGCUCCUCCUCCCCUCCUCCUCCUGCUGCUCCUCCUCCUCCUCCUCCUGCUGCUCCUACUGCUCCUCCUCCUCCUGCUGCUCCUCCUCCUCCCAGUGGUCGUGGUUCAGUAUUACAGACGUUGUCUUUUCUUCUCAGAUGUUGUUAAAAGUGAUUUUCAUUUAUUUUUUACAAGUUUAAAAUAAUCCGUAAAACAUUUCCACGUCGUUUUCAUCUCACUGACGUAUUCAGUCUCCACGUGUUUGUUAUUUUAUUUCGUUAAUUCAGAGCGUUGAACGUCUGUAAAUGUUGUUUUCAUAUUUCGUGUUUCUUCACGUCACGUUCUCAAGACGAUGGAGUCACUUCCUGUUUACGAGUUAUGAUGUAACAACAACAUCCUGUUUACGAGUUAUGAUGUAACAACAACAUCUCAGAAUAAACUGCUUCAAACGCAGAUUAAACUCGA